ACGGAAAAAUGUUGACUUCUAUGGUUAAGGAGCAUCAUAAGGAGCAGGUGAAGCGAAAACAAGAGCAAGAGGUGCGCAGGAAGGAGGCAAUCGAAGCGUCCAACGAACUCACACAGUCCUUGGUGGACCAUCUAAACGUGGGUGUGGCCCAGGCAUACUUGAACCAGAAGCGCUUGGACGCCGAGGCUAAGCAGCUGCAUGUAGGGGCCACGAACUUUGCCAAGCAGACCCAUCAAUGGUUGCAGCUGAUAGACAACUUUAGUGGCGCCUUGAAAGAGCUGGGCGACGUUGAGAACUGGGCGCGCAGCAUAGAGAGCGAUAUGCUAGUAAUACAACAGACUCUGGAGGUGGCCUACAAGGCUUCGCGCGCCGCCCAGGCUACAGGAGCCGGGCCGGAGGCCUCCACGUCAGCCGCCGCCGCAGCAGCAGCCAUUAAUCCCAAUCCAUAAGUAACAUGAAGACUUGCUUGAAAUCCUUAUUUAUUUAAUUUGUUUGCAUUCAAAUACAAAUAUUUACAUCUAUAUGUAUAAUAUACACUCGCAGUCACUUGCAAGACACAAGCUAAUGGUUAGUGAGUUAGUUAGCAUGCGGUGCCCUCGACAUCGGCCAGCGAGUACUUGUGGGCAAAGUAUGGAUAACAUUAUUGGUUGGUUAAUCCAACUAUCAGACCUUCAGUAGUGGCUAAUUAUUUACAAAAUUAUAAUCGCAUAAAGCCUUAAAAUAGGGCAGCGAGUGCUUAAAGGGACGAACGAACAGAAUAAAAGCGUUAAAAUUAA